CUUUGAGUCGUCUUCAAACCGCAGCCUUCCUUCUCCCCAACACAGCUCUCCUCUCCUCUUCUCUCCUCGAUCAACCACACUCAUCAUCAUGCGACCUCCUAGAGGCGGCGGCAGCUUCAGAGGCAACCGCGGUGGCGGCGGCGGUUUCAGAGGCCGCGGUGGUGGCGGCGGCUUCCGCGAUGAAGGCCCUCCUUCCGAAGUUGUAGAGGUGUCGUCAUUUGUUCAUGCAUGUGAGGGUGAUGCUGUCACAAAGCUCUCACACGAGAAGAUACCCUAUUUCAAUGCUCCUAUCUAUCUGCAGAACAAGACUCAGAUAGGGAAGGUCGAUGAGAUUUUCGGCCCCAUUAAUGAAUCUUAUUUCUCGGUCAAAGUCAAGGAAGGCAUCGUGGCUACUUCAUAUGCACAGGGUGAUAAGUUUUAUAUUGACCCGGCCAAGCUUCUUCCUCUUGCAAGAUUUCUUCCACAGCCAAAGGGACAGAAACCAGCUUUUCCUCGAGGUGGAACACGUGGAAGGGGAACUCCAAGGGGCAGAGCACCUUUUCGUGGCAGGGGACCUCCAAGGGGAGGCAGAGGACCUCCAAGGGGUGGGCGUGGUGGUUUCAGGGGCAGAGGAAGAUUUUAGAAACGUUGCUCUCCCCAUUUCAUGUUGUCACAAUUCUCGUAUGCUUAGGACUCGCAAAUGUCACUAUAUCAUGCCUGCUUUCAGGGGUGACGUGUGGUUUUGUGGAUGUUCAUGUUUAUUUUUAUGUUUACAUUUAUCUUGCCGAAGUACUUGUACUGGAUGAAGUUAAUCAUAGAUGUUUAUUUUGAAUU